AUGGGUUACUACGAUAUAGAUGAUAUGCUCACUGAAGGAAGUGAGGUUCCUUGCAAGUUCUUACAGGAUAUUCCGGGACUUGGAUAUUUAGAGAAUAAUCCUGGGAAACCAAUUAAAGCUAAUGCUAAAUUAAUGUUACCUUAUUGGCUAGCUCAUAUUUUGGCUGCUAUCGAUAGCAUACCUUUAUCAGAGGACUCGAUGGCUGUAGAUGAAGAAGAAGAAGCUGUGCCGUUUUUAGAGAUGUCGACACCAGAAAGUUUUUCUCAAAGAGUAAUAAAUGCAAUAAAGACAGAUCCUAAAUCAUUAGAUUUACAUUCAAUAAACCCACAUUUUUAUGAAUUAGCAAUUAAAUGGUGUGCCAUUUAUUCUGCAAAAGAUUUAGCAAAAGUCGUCUCUGAUUUACUAUUACAAAGAUCUCAAGAUAUUAAUAAUUUUGCUUAUUCAAUGUCAACAACAAAUAAAAAUAUUGAUUCAAUUGGUUCAAUGUCAAAUAAUACAGAUAUAAAACCACAUAAUUUAUUAGCAUCUUCAUCUUUCUUAAUGACUUUAGACGAAUUAGAAAAACAAAUUUAUAGAACUUCUCAUGAAUCUUAUAAAGAUUCAAAAAGAUGGAUGUUUCAAAAUAAAUAA